CUCAUUUGAUCACAGCUCUCGCGCUCAGGUGGGGGGACUCUCGGUUAAACCUCAAGCCUUUCCUCCCACCAGCAGGGAAAUCGAGCACAGCGGCAUGCCGCGGUCCCCCGAGAAGCCUCUUUUGAGCGCAACCCGAAACUAAACAUUCUCGCUACUUACUUUUUACGCUCGAAAGAAACUCACGGGAGGCAUUUCUUGGGCGGCUUAUAAGCGCUUCUGCAGUUUGCCAAGUCAAAGGGACCGGCGAAGAUGCCCCACCAAGAGCAGGCGCUGGCUCACGGGAGCCUCUGCGCCCCGGGUCCCCCGAACAACGCCGGGUACAACAGCAACCCGGUGCCCGUCAUCAUCCAGACGGAGUCCCGCGACAAGUGGAGCAAAAAAAUGGAUUUUCUUUUAUCGGUCAUCGGGUUUGCGGUAGACCUCGGAAAUGUUUGGAGAUUUCCGUACAUCUGUUAUCAAAACGGCGGUGGUGCAUUUCUUAUCCCGUACGUCCUGAUGGCCGUGUUUGGCGGGGUGCCACUUUUUUACAUGGAGCUAGCUCUGGGACAGUUCCACAGGACAGGUGCCAUAUCCAUAUGGAAACACAUUUGCCCUAUUUUUAAAGGUAUUGGUUUCGCCAUCUGCAUCAUUGCACUGUACGUGUCCUUCUACUAUAACACCAUCAUCGCCUGGGCUCUGUUCUACUUCUACUCCUCCUUCAGCAGCACUCUGCCCUGGACCAGCUGUGAUAAUGAAUGGAACACGGAAAACUGCACUAACUACUUCGGGAAAGACAACGUGACCUGGACUAACUACUCACGCUCGCCCGCCGAGGAGUUUUACACGAGGAACGUCCUCGCGGUCCACGAAUCGUCCGGGCUUGGGGAUGUGGGAUACAUUCGCUGGCAGCUCAUGCUUUGCCUCUUCCUCAUCUUCACCAUCGUCUACUUCAGCCUGUGGAAAGGAGUCAAGACUUCAGGAAAGGUAGUGUGGGUGACUGCCACCCUCCCGUACGUGGUGCUUCUCAUCCUCAUGAUCCGUGGUGCAACUUUGCCAGGAGCCUGGAAAGGAGUGGUGUUCUACCUCAAUCCCAAAUGGGAGAAACUGAAGGAGACUAGCGUAUGGGUGGAUGCAGCCGCGCAGAUCUUCUUCUCUCUCGGUCCAGGUUUUGGUGUUCUGCUCGCUCUGUCCAGCUACAAUCCCUUCAACAACAACUGCUACAGAGAUGCUAUUGUAACCAGUCUGGUGAACUGCCUGACAAGUUUCGUGUCAGGGUUUGUUAUUUUCACCGUCCUGGGAUAUAUGGCCGAACAGAGAAACGUAAACGUCGAGGAUGUCGCCAGGGACAAAGGACCCAGCCUGCUCUUCAUCACAUAUCCAGAAGCCAUUGCAAACAUGGUUGGGUCGACUUUCUUUGCCAUCAUCUUCUUUGUGAUGAUGAUUACUCUUGGACUGGACAGCACGUUUGGGGGACUAGAGGCCAUAAUCACAGCUGUGAUGGAUGAGUAUCCAGACACACUGUCCCAUCGGAGAGAGCUGUUUGUUCUUGGCCUGGUGGUUGUUUGCUUUUUGGGCUCUCUCAGCACCCUUACUAAAGGUGGUGCAUAUGUGGUAAAGUUACUAGAAGAAUUUGGAGUUGGUUCUUCAAUUAUAGCUAUAGUCUUUCUGGAGGCCACAGCGGUAUCCUGGUUUUACGGUAUUAACAGAUUCAGCAAUGAUAUUAAAUCAAUGUUGGGCUAUACACCAGGGCUCUACUGGAAAGUGUGUUGGGUCGCCAUCAGCCCAGCUUUUCUCGCUUACAUCAUUAUCAGCUCACUGUUGAACCCUCAGCCCCUCUCACUAUUCGACUACGAGUUCCCAGACUGGAGCAUCACGGUCGGUUACAUCAUUGGAGCUUCCUCCUUCAUAUGGAUCCCCAUCUACAUGGUGUACAAGCUUGUGUGGACCCCAGGCUCUCUUAAACAGCGCCUUGCUGUGUGUCUGCGACCAGAGAGAACGCUGCCAGACAUCCACGCAGACAGUAUGGGGUUAAGUCCUGUACCAUAGACCACUGAGAGAAAAACAUCUGAACACAACUCACUUAAAAAGGCCCGCAAACGCUGGGUUACAUGCGCCCGCAACCAACUGAGCAACUUUUGCAUAGUUUUAGGGAUUUGUCCAGUUGAAAUAUAAAGAAAAGCUAUCUACUCAAAAGCGACGUACGAUUAGAUUAAAUCAGAAAAAAGAAAGCAUUCAGUGUAAACUAUAAUCGUUCAUUAAAUAACCCGUGCAAUCUACAAACGGUCGAUGUUUUCAUUUAAAGUUUAUGUAUAAGAUGAAGAGUUCAGUGGUAUUUUUUACAUCGUAAGUCGUACGUACCCUCCGAUGUUUUUAAAAUACAUGCAAGUGAGAUUACCUCAUUGUGAGAGAUUCAGCCAAUGAGAACUUCAUACACAUUUCUCACUCAUUUUUCAGAAAUAACUGUUGUCGAGAUUGAAUCAUUAUGGUGUUUUUCUGCCUUAACUCUGACUAAAUAUUGUAGCUACUUUAUGUUAAAACUUUGUAAAACCUGUAUUGAUAUCGUGCCUCACCGAGAAAAGGACAAAAAGACAAAAACAAGGGUUUCUUCGGAACGAACACUACAUGACUGUUUGAAGUUUUCAUUCUCUAACGAAACUUGAGCCCCCGAUCCUAUCUACGUGUGACGUGUUCAUUUUCCUUCCCGCUGUAUUUUUGUUCUUCCCCCGAAUAAAGAACUGAGGAUGUUGCUGAACUCUGGAUGUGACCAAAUAUUAAAUUGCUAUGAAUGUCUUAUUAUGGAUAGUUCAAAACGUGGUUCAUAUACUAUGUCUGCACUGUAGGUUGUGGCAGAGAGUUUUUGCUUGUGUGUACGUCUGGAAAAUUAAUAAAGCUGUACCGAACAUUCCUA